AUGUCGAGCAGACGGUGUGAGGAAGUGGACAAGCGGCAGCUGGAGCGGUUCCUGGAGGAAAUCGCGCGAUUCAGGGCCGAGGAGCGAAGUCAGCAGCGCACGUGGAGGGCGCUCGGCGACUCGAUCAGACGCAACCAAGCCCUGCUGGCCACCAGGAAUGUCUCCUUGGCGCCCAUUCUCGAGUCCCUGGACUCCGAAGAUGAUGAGGAGGAGGAGGAGGAGGACGCCUACAGCACCGUCGCCGAGGACGAGCUCAGCGGCGAGUCGGGAGACGAAGAUGCUCAGGAUUUGGAGGAGUACUCGCGGCUGCUGCAUGAAUUUGCAGAGGCGAAGGACGAGGAGGAGGAGUGGAUUCGCGACGUGGAGCUGCAGCUGAUGGGCAAGGUGCGAGACUCGUUAAUCAACCUGAUGGCCUGCCAGUUGGUCGUCAAGCAGCAAGAAAAGAAUCAGGAACAGGCCGGCAACUCAUCCAGGGUGGAGGUUAAGCAGCAGCGCAGGUCGAGCGUGCAGGACGCCGUGCUGGAAUCGCGCAGGGCCCGAGCAGAAGAAAUCAGACGACAGUCCGAGAAGGCGGCCAAAAAGGUGCAGCGGGCGAAAGCGAGGCAGUUGAAAGCCGGGAGGGCUUUGGUGCGGGCGCUGAGGCAGCGGCGGCAGGUUAAAAAGGAAGAAAAAACCCUGAAAAAGGGGAAGAAAAGGGUGGACUGGGCAGAACUGAAGAAGGACGCAGAGCGGGAGUUGCAACGGCACCUGGCCAACCUCGUGGAGCAAGUCCGCAUUUAA